CGGGGAUUGUUACACAUUCGCGCCGGCCGAGGCAAGUACAGCUGUGCAUUGACCUGAUUAUCAUAUAAAGUCCGCAAAGUGAACACGUUUUAUAUAUGUGUGUAGAUAUUUCGCCAAUUUGCAGAGCCUCCAUUCUAUCACCAUCGGGCGAUCACAGUCAUGGGUCUAUCAUCAUGGUUAGGCUAUGCCACAAACUCGUUCCAUCAUUCGCCGGCUGCAAUUAAGAUACCAUUGCAGGAUGGAACGCAAGAAGGUCUGGAUGACUUUUGCAAGAAUACGACCCCGCCAUGCCGGCUGAACCCGCUCCUUUUCAAUGGACAUCUUCAAACCAUGUGGACAGCAGUCAAGGCUGAGGGACCUCAAAUGCACUACAAACGAAAGAUAUUCCAGUCAGAAGGCACAGAAUUCAUCGGCAGCUUCACUGUUGAUUUUGUCGUUCAUGAGCGUGGCGAGGUGGAUACCACUCUGCCCGCACGAACGACAUAUUUCACGGAAAAAGAGUUUGACAACAUUGGCUCGAGCAAUUCGAAGCCGAUGCUAAUAGCGUUGCAUGGUCUCAGCGGCGGUUCAUAUGAGAUCUAUCUUCGACAGUGUCUAGCACCCCUGGUCGAGAAUCAGGAAUGGGAGGCGUGCGUCGUAAACUCUAGAGGGUGUGCCAUGUCAAAGGUCACAUCCGGAGUUCUAUAUAACGCCCGUGCAACAUGGGACGUUCGUCAAGUAGUCAAGUGGCUGAGGAAAACCUUUCCUAACCGCCCACUGUUUGGCAUAGGCUUCUCACUUGGCGCCAAUAUUAUCACUAAUUACAUCGGUGAGGAGGGCGCGAACUGUGCAUUGAAAGCUGCCGUAGUCUGUUCAAACCCAUGGGAUCUCGACGCCAGCAGUGUCGCUCUGCAGAGAUCGUGGGUCGGGAUGGAGGUAUACUCCAAGACUAUGGGAACUAACAUGAAAGCAUUAAUCGAGCGUCAUGCCGAAGAGGUGUCAAAGUACACGGCGAUUAACCUUGACGCGCUCCGAAAGACAAAAUACCUACACGAGUUCGACCGUGUGAUACAAUGUCCCACAUGGGGCUAUCCUACCGAGAGAGCGUACUACCGUGACGCUUCGUCCUGCGAUUCACUUUUGUCCGUCAGGAUCCCUUUUCUGGCCAUCAACGCGGAAGAUGACCCGAUCGCCGCCAACGAUGCCAUUCCAUACGGUGAAUUCAAACAAAACCCUUUUACUGUUCUUCUGACAACGUCCCUGGGGGGCCAUCUGAGUUGGUUCGAGACUGGAGGCCAGCGCUGGCUCGCCAAGCCUGUCGCCGCAUUUCUCAAUAGAAUGGCAUUUGAGACAGAUCUCAAGGCUGUCGGCGCCCUUUCCUCUACUGCUGAACACUCGAAUAUGGGUAGCGCAUUUGACCCCAUGAGGCGGCGCCUACAUGUUUCUGCUGGCCAGUAGUCCUCUCGAGAGUGCAGUGGUGCAAAUAUAUAGAUCGAUAGAGCUUGGAUAGAUAUAAAAUCAACCAAAAGAGACACGCUUCUUGCCGGGCUUCUCCGUCUUUGCGACUUUCUCAGCAUCCGUGGAGGUGGUGUCCGACUUUCGCUUGCGACUUUUUCGAAUUAAAUCCUUGGUUUCCUCAAGUUUUUCCCGUUUAUGCUGUUGUCGUGCUUCCGCCUCUUGACGUCUGGCUUCACGAAUCUCCUCCAUCUGUCUCGCCUUCAUCAUCUUUGACUCGAUUUGC